GCAUGCGUCACCUUGGAGCAAGGUGACCACCGCUUUCCGAAUCCGAACUAGCGGCAUACAUCAUUCGCUUUCGGCGAGUCGCUCCGUGUUGGUUGAGUGUGAGAUACGUGUCACGAGUCGCGAGUAAUCGAGCUAAUUAAAUUGAGUCAUUAUGUCAAUGCCGAAUAGCGACCAUGAAAAAAGAAAACAAAUUUCGGUGCGCGGUAUUGUUGACGUCGAGAAUGUCGCUAACUUUAAGAAAACCUUCAAUCGGCAUCUUCACUAUACUUUGGUAAAAGAUCGUAAUGUCGCCACAAGUCGCGAUUAUUAUUUCGCCCUGGCCCACAGCGUCAAGGACAAUCUCGUGUCACGAUGGAUUCGCACCCAGCAGCAUUAUUACGAGAAAGAUCCCAAGAGAGUGUAUUAUCUGUCCUUGGAAUAUUACAUGGGAAGAUCGUUACAAAAUACAAUGAUUAAUUUGGGGAUACAAGGAGCAUGUGAUGAAGCUAUGUAUCAGAUGGGUUUGGACAUAGAAGAAUUAGAAGAACUCGAAGAAGACGCUGGGCUUGGUAAUGGAGGAUUAGGUCGCUUAGCUGCUUGUUUUUUGGAUAGCAUGGCAACAUUGGGUUUAGCCGCUUAUGGUUAUGGUAUACGUUAUGAGUACGGUAUAUUUGCACAAAAGAUAAAAAAUGGUGAGCAAAUAGAGGAGCCAGACGAUUGGCUCAGAUAUGGCAAUCCCUGGGAGAAAGCUCGACCAGAAUUUAUGUUGCCUGUGAACUUUUACGGUCACGUAAUUGACACUAGUGAGGGCAAAAAAUGGGUGAAUACACAGGUAAUUUUUGCCAUGCCCUACGAUAGUCCAAUUCCCGGCUAUAAAAAUAAUGUUGUUAAUACAUUAAGGCUGUGGUCUGCAAAGUCUCCUGUAGAAUUUAAUCUAAAGUUCUUUAACGAUGGUGACUAUAUACAGGCUGUGAUUGAUCGUAAUCUGGCGGAAAAUAUAUCUAGAGUUCUUUAUCCUAACGACAACUUUUUCGAAGGCAAAGAACUUAGAUUGAAACAAGAAUAUUUUAUGGUAGCUGCUACUUUGCAAGAUAUCAUCCGAAGGUACAAGUCUAGCAAAUUUGGCUCAAGGGAGCAUCAUAGAACUGAUUUCGAUGCCUUUCCUGAUAAAGUAGCAAUUCAACUCAAUGAUACGCAUCCCUCACUAGCUAUUCCUGAGUUGAUGAGAAUUCUUAUUGAUGUUGAAAAACUUUCUUGGGAUAAGGCUUGGGGCAUAACGACACGUACGUGCGCUUACACAAAUCACACAGUUCUUCCUGAGGCAUUAGAAAGAUGGCCCACUCAUAUGCUGGAAAGCAUUCUUCCGAGGCAUCUGCAGAUUAUUUAUGAGAUAAAUCACCUGCAUCUUCAAAAUGUUGCAGCCAAAUGGCCCAAAGAUAUAGAUCGUAUUCGUCGAAUGUCCUUAAUAGAAGAAGAAGGUGAGAAGAGAGUCAACAUGGCUCAUUUGUCAAUUGUUGGUAGUCAUGCCAUAAACGGAGUGGCUCGUAUUCAUUCAGAAAUUCUCAAAAACAGUGUCUUCCGAGACUUUUAUGAAUUGACACCGGAAAAAUUUCAAAAUAAGACAAAUGGUAUCACACCAAGAAGAUGGCUGCUACUCUGUAAUCCAAAUUUGUCUGAUAUAAUUGAAGAAAAAAUUGGUAGCGAAUGGACAGUUCAUCUGGAACAGUUGGCUCAAUUGAAAAAAUGGGCAAAGGAUCCGGUUUUUCAACGAAACGUUGUUAAAGUGAAACAGGAAAACAAAUUGCGCUUAGCCCAAAUGUUAGAGAAAGAAUAUGGCGUACAAGUUAAUCCAGCAUCUAUCUUUGAUAUCCAGGUAAAGCGUAUACAUGAAUACAAACGUCAAUUGUUGAAUUGUUUACACGUUAUUACUUUGUACAAUCGAAUAAAGAAGAAUCCAUCUGCCCAUUUUACUCCGAGAACUGUUAUGAUAGGCGGUAAGGCUGCGCCAGGUUAUCACCUGGCAAAAAAAAUUAUCAAGCUUAUUUGCAGUGUUGCUAAUGUUGUUAAUAAUGAUCCGAUUAUCGGUGAUAAACUCAAGUUGAUCUUCCUUGAAAAUUAUCGAGUGACUUUAGCUGAAAAGAUCAUACCAGCCGCAGAUCUAAGCGAGCAAAUUUCAACUGCUGGCACCGAAGCGUCUGGCACUGGCAACAUGAAAUUUAUGUUGAAUGGUGCAUUAACUAUUGGCACGUUAGACGGAGCAAAUGUAGAAAUGGCAGAAGAGAUGGGUAAUGAAAAUAUCUUCAUUUUUGGUAUGACAGUAGAGGAAGUGGAAAUUCUGCAAAGGAAAGGCUACAAUGCAUAUGAUUACUACAAUAAAUUACCGGAAGCCAAGCAGUGUAUCGAUCAAAUCCAAGGAGGAUUCUUCAGUCCGAAUAAUCCUGAUGAAUUUCGAGAUAUCGCUGACGUAUUGCUUAAAUGGGAUAGGUUUCUUCUUUUGGCUGAUUAUGAGAGCUAUAUAAAUAUGCAAGAUCAUGUCAGCAAAGUAUAUCAGGAUGAAAGUAAGUGGGUGGAAAUGGCUAUUCAUAACAUAGCAUCGUCGGGAAAAUUCUCUUCAGAUCGCACAAUCGCAGAGUAUGCACGCGAGAUUUGGGACGUCGAGCCGAAUUGGCAGAAACUUCCGGAUCCACAUGAGCCUCGUGAUAUUUAAGCAAAUCUCAUCAUAAUGAUUUUUUCCAUAAGAUAUUUCAAUAUUCCGCUUGCUUUCAUGAUUAACGGUGUCCUCCUUUAAACGAUAAUGUUUAAAGUAAUAACUAAUACUAUUCAGAUAGUAUUGCUUUGUGCGAUUGUAACUAUUUUGAAACCUAUUCUAUAACGACAAUAUAUAUCUGUCAUUACAGAAUAGACCUAUACAGCAAUUAUGAUCACACACGAAAUAGUAAAAAUUAUUAUAUGCAAAGACAUAUAUUACGACCUUGUAAUGUUUUAUGAAUAUUUGUUUAUAAAUAUGAGAGUUUAUGUAUUAAAUAUUGCCUAAAUGUGAUAUAUUUUUAAGCAUUGUUAAAAUUUUUUCAUAUUUCUUUUUUGCAAUAACGGAACAACAAUAUAAUACGCUACUCGCUACGUAUAAUUGCAACCGUUUCUUUUUUUAUUUUCUUUUUCAAAGAAAGUAGAAGUUAAAUUGACUUUAUCAUUUCUGUAAAUCAAGCCGUCUAUUUAAAUUAUUACAAAUUAGCGAAGUUAAAAUUAAGAAGUGUGUGAAUUAAAAUUGAGAGUUGAAUGAAUAUUUAACAAUUAACAUGACAUGACGUUUAUAUGCAUGCUAUAUAUAAACUGAAAAUAUUUUUUUAAUUAUAUUAAUAUUGAAUUGAACUAUUAGUUUUUCAUUUUAUAUAAAUAAAUGAAAAUGACAAUUCAAGAAAUGUUAAUUGAAAGGAUUAAAAAAAUAUAAGACCGGCAUGACAAAUUUUUCUGCAACAUGUCUUCCGAGCGAUUAUAUGAAUAUCUAUUUUGAAUCGAUGAUCAAAUCAUCUAGUCUUAAGUAUAGUCGAUAUAUUUUGUGUGUGUUAAUUAUCCAAAAUGGAUAAGGAAAUGCUCUUUUUUUUUUUCAAACAGUAGAUUUUGAAAUUUUAUGUGAUUCACUGCAGCCAUAAUAGAUUUCAAAGUUUUAAGUGAUUCGUUGCAACCAUCUUGAAUUAUAAUAUCAGAAAUAAGAAGACACAUAUUGAAAACUCUUAUAAAAUACAUUAUAAUGGAAAAACUUUAACAACAAAACAAUAAUAUGCAAUUAGUAGAAUAGGUUUUUAAAAUUUAUUUUAAAAUUUACUGAAAACUUUGUUUCGGUAAUCAAUAAAUAAACAUAUAUUUGAAUUAUAUUUUCAUUCUUAAUUAUAGAUUUUUGACAUCAGAAUUUAAAUUAGCUAGUGAACCAACAGGAGUUUGAAUCAACAAAUAAACAAAUUUGGAACAAAAA